GUGUUUGAACGUAAAGCAACUCGCCUUGCCGUGCAGAGAGGUUUAUCCGAGGCCUAAACCCGAGCUGUAACGCUAGUUUAUUGACGAUGAAAGCCGCAACAGCGCAACAGAAUCUCUCCAUUUAGUCAGCGCCGUUCUGAGCUUGUCACCAUGAUCAUAGAUAACGUGGACGCGCUGAAGUCGUGGCUGGCUAAACUCCUCGAGCCGAUAUGUGAUGCUGACCCGUCCGCUUUGGCCAACUACGUUGUUGCUUUGGUGAAAAAAGACAAACCUGAGAAAGAGCUGCGGGCUUUAUGUGCUGACCAGCUGGACGUCUUUCUGCAGAAAGAAACCACUGGUUUUGUGGAGAAACUCUUCGAAUGUCUCACCACCAAAAACUACCUGGGAAAUCCUCUUGCUAAAGAAAUUCCUAAAGAGGAUACAAAAGCUUCAGCUCCAAAACCUGCUGAAACGGAAGAGAUUUCACCCUGCCUUCAGGUGGGUCAUGUGGAGGAUGAGAAGGAAAGCAGAAGGCGGCGAAGUCCACUGAGGAAUCGUUCAGACUUCAAUGAAUCAAGAAAUCGGGACGAGCGGCGCAGAGACGAGCGCAGACGACGGGAGCCUGAGCGCCACGGGAAGAGCAGCGAGAUGUACAGAGAGAGAGAACGGGAACGAGAGAGGAACGACAGGAGGAGAGCGAGCUCACGAGGGCGCAGUCGCAGCAGGAGUCGCAGUCGCAGCAGCAGCAGGGGAAAGAGCAGAGACCGAGAGCAGAGACGAGAACACAGGUCCAAAUUUGAGCAGGAGCGGAAGGAGCCGGAGGUGUACACUCCGUUAUCAUCAGGUCCCUUGGGGAAACCUCCGCAGCAGCCACCGCAGCUCCCCUUGCUCCCGCUGCCCCACCCUCGCUCUCCGUUUCCCCCCUCGGGCAGUCCCAGCAUCCCUAGCGCCGUAACGGCUCACCUGCCUGACAGCACCACUGAGAACUGGACCACUUACUACUCUAACCAUGCCGAGGGGAAGAGCGGCACGUUGAAACACCGCUGCCGGGAUUAUGACGAGAAAGGAUUUUGUGUCCGCGGUGACCUUUGUCCUUUCGACCAUGGCAACGACCCUCUGAUUGUGGACGACGUCGCCCUGCCCACCAUGAUUCCCUUCCCUCCGCCCGGCAUGCCCCCUGCCCGGAUGCCCCCUCCAAUGCCCCCCAUGCCGGAGCCCCUCCCCGUUAUGCCCAUGCCGAUCCCGCCCCACGGGCAGCCCCCUCCGCCAGGCAUCUUCCCCAUGGCAGGACCACCUCUAAUCCCAACCAGUGGGAUAGAGACUCCACCCCAUGUACGGACGAGUACCUCCUCCCCUCUGGCUCCACCUGGAGUAAACCCACCUCCUCCUCCUCCUCCACCACCUCCUCCUCCUUCUUCUUCCUCUGCUAUUUCUUCUGCUUCUCUACAUCCUCAGUACACUCUAUCUGAAUACAACUACGAUCCUGAAGCGUAUAAUCCAGAAUCUCCAGCCAUCACCGGGGCGGGCCGAGCUCAGUACCGACAAUUUAUUCCUCGCAUUCAGACCCAGAGACCCAACUUGAUCGGCCUCACCUCAGGAGACACUCAGAGCUCCCGAGGUAUCACAGCUGCUAACAUAGUAAUCCAGACUGAGCCUUCGAUAUCCAUCGCCUCAAGCGGUGAGGUGAGACACAGCAUGGAGCUCGACAGCAGGAAGCGAUCCCUCGAAUCUGGAAAUGGGCCACAGGCCAAGAAGCCCUGGACUGACAAGCAAAAUUUCAACAAUCAGCACAAGCCGGCCUUCCCCAAGAAGAACCACUACGUCAACACCAAAUUGGAAGUCCGCAGAAUUCCCCGUGAACUCAACAACAUAACCAAACUAAACGAACAUUUCAGCAAAUUUGGGACCAUCGUAAAUAUCCAGGUGGUGUUUGGUGGCGACCCAGAGGCGGCUCUGAUCCAGUAUACGGCCAAUGAAGAGGCACGGAGGGCUAUUUCCAGCACCGAGGCUGUGCUCAAUAACCGCUUUAUCAGAGUGUACUGGCACAGAGAGAACACGGCACAGAACCAGGAGCAGAACGCCAACCAGAGCACCAGCCUCAGCACACAGAUACCCCCUGUGCAUAAGGUCAUUAAUAAGCCACACGCACCUGGGGCCUAUGUUCUGAAUAAGAGCUUCCCAAAACAGCAGAGUACACCCGGAACCGGGCCUGCAGCCAGUGUCGACCCGCUCAGUCCCGCUCCAGAAUCCUCAUUGGCAGUCGCUCCUGCUUCUGUGCAACAGAAAGGACUAUACUCACGGACAGUGUUUAAACCCACCCCAAAGGUACUGGGUAAAACGGUCAAAGCCCUUGAGGAUCAGGAUGUUCUGAAAAAGAAGCAGGAAGCACUGAAGCUGCAGCAGGAUAUGAGGAAAAAGAAACGGGAAAUGCUGGAAAAGCAGAUAGAAUAUCAAAAAGUGUUGAUAAAUCGUCUAGAGAAGAAUCGUGGGAUGAAGCCAGAGGAGCGAGCAAACAUUAUGAAGACCUUGAAGGAGCUCGCAGAGAAGAUCUCUCAGCUAAAGAACGAGAUCAGCAAUAGUAGUGUCUCCCAGUCUGCUGGCAAUGCUGCUCAGCCCAAAACCAAAACGGAUGCGCAGAAGGAGCUGCUGGAUGCAGAGUUGGAUUUCCACAAAAAGCUGACCACAGGAGAGGACACUACAGACCUGAAGAGGAGACUGGGUCAGCUGCAGGUUGAGGCGAAGCGGUUAGGACUGCUACCUGGAGGCCGAGCUAAGCCACUAGUAAGCGUGAGCCGAGGCAGAGGCCGAGGCAGAGGGAGGAGUGGAAGAGGCAGAGGAGCUCCCAGUCAUAUGGUGGUAGAUCACAGACCUCGUACCCUCGCCAUCCUGGGAGUCACACAGGAGGAGAAGGAAGAGCUCAUGCCGCACUUUGUGAAAUUUGGAGAGAUUGAAGAGCUUCGUGACCAAGACGCUACCAGCGUUGUCAUGACCUUCAAGACUCGCAGUGAAGCAGAGAAUGCUGCAAAUCAAGGGGCAAAGUUCAAAGGUCGGAUUCUACAAAUCUCCUGGUACAAACCCAAAACUCCGUCUGUCACAACCGAGCCUGAAGAAGUGGAGUCAAAGGAAGAGGUUAAUGCGGAGUCAGUGAGCCCUUUCUUGCUGCCAGAGGAGGAAGAGGAAGACGACGAUGAAGACGACGAUUAUGAAAGUCGCUCAUGGCGGCGAUAAAACCAGAAGUCCAGACGUUAUUGCUCUUUUUUAUUGAGUAAAGUACAGCCUUUUUAAGAAGCUUAUUUAAGUCUGUAAAUCCUUUUGUUUUCAGAACUGGUUUUCAGUAUUUUUAGAGUUUGUUAAGAGAAGAGGAUUACAGUGUGAUGGACAUAGGUGAAUGUGAGGUAUUUAGAUGGGAACGUGUUUAUUCUAAACCCUCGGCUCAAGCUACUAAACUCUCACUUUUGCGGAGACAGAAAUGGAAUUAACUUUUGACUCAUUUGAAUAUUGUUUCACUGUGAUUGGUCUGACAUCAGUAAUACUUUUGACUACUGUGAAGAUUUUUGGAAUCUGCCCUAAAAACAGAAGUGGUGUGGGAGAUCUUUGUAUAGAUAUAAUCAAGUACGACCCCCCCCCCCAAAUGGUUUGUUAAUCCUCUUCCAGAGCCGUGGUGCCACUCGAUGUAAUUAUGAACUCAGUGGGACGUGUGUAUGCGUGCAGGCGCAAGAAAAUAAUGUUCACGUCUUUUUCCUCCGAGUUGUGUUUAUUCAUCUGAAACCAAAAAGAGCUUUGGACUGGAGUGUAACAAAUAUUAUAAUUAUUAUUAUUAUUUGCAAAGAAAAUGUUAACAGUGGUGUUUUAAGUGUUAACAAUUAGAUUCCUACCUUUUUUUUUUUCUUUUUUUUUUGGCCUUACACGAUCAGUGGACAGCUAACUUUUUACAAGAUCUCUGAUUAUUUUUUGUACAUUUUGUAAAUGGUUGCAAUAGUAAUGACUGUUUGCUUAAUUAUUUUAGCCAUUAGAAUGAAUGGCACAAUGUUGAGAUCAUCGACUCGCAAGAGUGCUUGGUUGUAUUUUUUUUUUUCCUUUCUUCCCAUUUUGCUUUAUUUUUUUUAACUUGUUAAAUAAAAAAAAAAAUGCAUCUGGAGAUUAGGACAUUUAGGUAUUAGAAGUCGAAUCUUCUAUUUUGCUUUUGGAAAGUCUCAGAUUUAGGAUCGUCAGUCAGAAUUCCAAGAACCAGGAGAAACAUCUUCAGUUUGCGUAACUGCUCCUACACCAUAGUCGUGUAAAACGUUUACUGUAAACCGGAUUUGAACUUUAUUAUUGUUUAUAUAUUUGAGGCUUGAUAGAUGUAUUUUUUUUUUUUCUUUUUUCUCUGCUUGUAAAAAUGGAUUUCAAACACUCACAGUUACUUAUUAAUAAAGGCAAAGGAAUGGGAGAAAAUUCAGAUUUAAAAAAAAAGAAAGAAAAAAGGUUCAAUUGGCAGAAGUAUAAACUGAAAAAGAUGGAGAGGAAAAAAAAAAAAAAAGAUUUGAUAAUCCAUUCCAAGAAUAACCUUCUGAAAAUGCUGUCCUUUGUGUUCUUUCGUCUGUGUCUCUGCUGACCGUCAGGAUUUGAUGCCGUCUUGGAGCUUGCGCUCUCGGUCGGUUCUAACACAUUGAUGUGCGUUUCUGAAAACAGCAUCAUGUCUCCAGAAUUGGGACUUUGUGGUUUUCUCACUGAGAAGACGCUGGAUUUAUUUGUCGCGUAUGCAUUACAGCACAGUGAAAUUCUUCUUUGUAGGUCAGCACACAGCUUUAACCAUGCUAAUUUUGGCCCUGGAGCAGAGAGUGUUAAGGGCCUUGCUUAGGAGCCCAACAGGGGCUUGAACCACCAGUCGUCUGAACAGUAACCCAGAGCCACAACCAUUGAGGUACCACUAACCCAUUUGUAUUUAUAUUUUUAAUGUAUCCUUAACAAGCAAGUAUUAAAAUAUAUAUAUUCAAUCA